GCCAAUAGAUGUGGGGCCAAAGUAUCUUUCACAUUUGUAAGCAAAAACUGUUAUAAAGGUUGCAUUAUACAACUGAUGAGCUACCACUCUGCACAUGAUCCUAACCGUCCCUUAGAGAGCAGUGUUAAUUGAAUUCACCCUGAUCUCAUUAACUACUUGUACAGGGGUUGGACAAUGAAACGGAAACAACUGGGUUUAGACCGCAAUAAUUUAUUAGUAUGGUGUAGGGCCUCCUUUUGCGGCCAAUACAGUGUCAAUUUGUCUUGGGAAUGACUUGUAUAUGUCCUGCACAGUGGUCAGAGGGAUUUUAAGCCAUUCUUCUUGCAGGAUAGUGGCCAGGUCACUACCUGAUGCUGGUGGAGGAAAACGUUUUCUGACUCGCUCCUCCAAAACACCCCAAAGUGGCUCAAUAAUAUUUAGAUCUGGUGACUGUGCAGGCCAUGGGAAAUGUUCAACUUCACUUUCAUGUUCAUCAAACCAAUCUUUCACCAGUCUUGCUGUGUGUAUUGGUGCAUUGUCAUCCUGAUACACGCCACUGCCUUCAGGAUACAAUGUUUGAACCAUUGGAUGCACGUGGUCCUCCAGAAUGGUUCGGUAGUCCUUGGCAGUGACACGCCCAUCUAGCACAACUAUUGGGCCAAGGGAAUGCCAUGAUAUGGCAGCCCAAACCAUCACUGAUCCACCCCCAUGCUUCACUCUGGGCAUGCAACAGUCUGGGUGGUACGCUUCUUUGGGGCUUCUCCACACCGUAACUCUCCCGAAUGUGGGGAAAACAGUAAAGUUGGACUCAUCAGAGAACAAUACAUGUUUCACAUUGUCCACAGCCCAAGAUUUGCGCUCCUUGCACAAUUGAAACCGACGUUUGGCAUUGGCACGAGUGACCAAAGGUUUGGCUAUAGCAGCCCGGGCGUGUAUAUUGACCCUGUGGAGCUCCCGAUGGACAGUUUUGGUGGAAACAGGAGAGUUGAGGUGCACAUUUAAUUCUGCCGUGUUUUGGGCAGCCGUGGUUUUAUGUUUUUUGGAUACAUUCCCGGUUAGCACCCGAACAUCCCUUUCAGACAGCUUCCUCUUGCAUCCACAGUUAAUCCUGUUGGAUGUGGUUCGUCCUUCUUGGUGGUAUGCUGACAUUACCCUGGAUACCGUGGGUCUUGAUACAUCACAAAGACUUGCUGUCUUGGUCACAGAUGUGCCAGCAAGACGUGCACCAACAAUUUGUCCUCUUUUGAACACUGGUAUGUCACCCAUAAUGUUGUGUGCAUUGCAAUAUUUUGAGCAAAACUGUGCUCUUACCCUGCUAAUUGAACCUUCACACUCUGCUCUUUCUGGUGCAAUGUGCAAUUAAUGAAGAUUGGCCACCAGGUUGGUCCAAUUUAGCCAUGAAACCUCCCACACUAAAAUGACAGGUUCAAUUCAGUUUCAUUGUCCAACCCCUGUAUACCCUCAUUCAGCAGUGUCAUACAAAUGCUGAAGUACUGCUCUGUUGCAAAGACUGGUCGGACAGCAAGUUGUAUCUCAAGGACAGACAGUACCACGUAACACCUGAUGAUAUUACUUUUGUAUGGAAAAGCUAUAAUGCACACAGUCGCAUGGAUUCAAAUGACUGUGUUAGUGUGGACCGAUUAAUCAAAAGUAAGCUUAAAGAUGAUGUCAUCCACUACCAGCCUCUUUCACACUCUGAAAAGCAGGCACUCAUCAUUGUUUUUAGCACACCUUGGCAGGGAGAUCAACUGAAGAAAUAUAGGUCUGACAUGAUAUACCUUGAUGCUACAUACAAGGGUAUAACUCAGUAUGGAUUUGCAUUUUAUGCUGUCAUCAUUAAGUCUCCUCAAGGUCGUGGAGUCCCAGUGGCCUUCUUUAUUUUAAGCGAGGAAUCUACAGAGAGAGAGCUGCAAGAGUGUGCCAGUCCUUUUCAACCAAGAUUCUUUUUCAGUAUGAAAUACCAGUUUCUUCAAGGAUAUGCAAACAGACGUAUAGAUGAGCUGCUUCAUCUUCUGAGCAAGAAGGUGGUGACGUAUUACAGUUACCUGGAAGAACUCUACAAAGAUGGCCGGAUAAAGUCCAAGAAACCGGACGUAGCUGAACUGUUAUCCAGGACGAAAAGCAAAGGCUUGCAUGACAAAGUUGUGUUUCAGUCUGCUGGCCAAAUAUCAGUAACCUCCGAAACCACUGAGGGAAAGUGUUAUAAAAUUGUUAUAAAACGACUUCUUUUCAAAGAAGAGUCAGAGAUAGUAAGCUAAAAAAGCAGUGCAAAAAUGAAGCGGUAUGUAUAGCCAGUAGCCUUACAUUUGUUUGUCUUUAUUGACUUCUGUGUGUCUUGCAUUUGAUGUCUCCAGUGAUCAUUGUAAUAACACUUGUACAGCCUU